UCGACGCGGAGCUUCAUUUUCUGUCUGUAGACACUGAACCAGCGCUUUAUUUCAAAUGAAGCGUCCUCUCAUUCCACUAAUAAGUUUUUAUACGUGAUAUAACAGCUGUCUUCGCCAUGAGCUGCUUGGAUGUCAUGUAUCAAGUUUAUGGUCCACCUCAGCCUUAUUUUGCCGCAGCAUACACACCUUAUCACCAUCAGAAAUUGGCAUUUUACUCGAAAAUGCAAGAAUCACCAGAAACCGUCAGCGGAAGCAGCUCUUCCUUUUCCAACCUCUCCGGGCCACCCAUAAAAGAGGAGGACUGCGCCCGAGAGAAAGAUCACCCACCGGAGGCGGAGUACAUCAGCUCCAGAUGUGUGCUUUUCACGUAUUUCCAAGGGGACAUCAGUUCAGUGGUGGAUGAACAUUUCAGUCGAGCUUUGAGUCAGUCUAAUAGUUACGCACCUGGAUCCACCAACAGCAAGACCGCGAGAGGUACAUCGUCCUGGAGAGAAGGCUCAUUCCCUAUGAGCCAGAGAAGCUUCCCUCCGUCGUUCUGGAACAGCGCGUAUCAGCCGUCGGUCUCAGCAUCUCUCAGCAGCGCCCUGGGUUCCUCCCACACAGACCUCCCCUUCUCAGCGGACCCUUAUUCCACCGCGUCUCUACACAGUCACCUCCACCAAGCCACCCCGGAGCCCUGGCACCCCUCUCACCACCAUCACCCUUACUCACUCAGCGGAGCCAUCGGCACCCAGGGAUCCGCUUACCCCCGGCCCUCCAUGCACGAUAUGUACGGAACGCACUUUGACCCCCGUUACAGCUCUCUGCUCGUGCCCUCGGUGCGGCCGCAUAGACUUCCCCCAGCCACGGUACCCGCACCUGGAACCUCGCCGUGCGAUAUCAGCAAGAGCGAGCCAGGCAGCUCGGCGUGGACCGGAGCUUUCACAGCGGCGAGCUCUGAUAUGAGUCUGAACAUGGAUACAGGUCUACAGAGCCAGGAUAAGAGCAAGGACUUGUACUGGUUUUAGUGCCCUGCGGCCACUUCUUUCUCCGCUGGCUUGUUUUUCUCUGGCUUUUCUGUAACAGAUUCUCAUCUCACUUGCAGCUCGGCGCUACACCCUCUGCAGCGGGACCAUCCUAAGCUGAAAGUGGAUAAGAACCCUUCGGAUGAGUGCAAAAAUCUCUCAGUAAAGUGGAGCAAACAUACUGUAGUGGUGUGACUAGCAGCUGCUCUCGCCCCUUCCCUCCCCCGACCCUCAGCGCUCUCGGCAAAACGGACCCAAAAUGAGAUUUAAAAAAGGACAAAUGUUACUUCAAGGGGACAUUUGAGAGCCGACUUGGAGAAAAGACGGACUGGCUACAUGAAGACUUUUCUUUUGACCAGAAAUGAGAGUUUCUGAUGAGAGAGAGCAGCAUUCCCUAUCAUCGCUGAAGACAGAGAAAGGCUAUUUGAAGCCACUUGACUCUAUCUAUAUUGCUUUCAGCACCUGUCAUCAACAACUGUUGUGGAACUUAGCAGACGCACAGACAACGGCGCUAUGUGCCGUUUGACCGAGCGAGCGCCCUGGAUUUCAUAAAAGAGGCGUUUUGUUGUAUCUGGACACACGGCGAAAGGGAACAACUGGUUUGGCUUUUCAUUUUUUUGAGGCGUGGUGUGGGUUCGGCUGGAAGUAGAUACAAACACUAUUAAGCCGUACUGUAUAUACUUUAUGUGUCUUAGUGUGUCCAGUGCUACAUGUAGGAUCAAACAGCAUGAUGAUAUGCAUCAGAAAUAUUGAUUCUUUCAUUUGUACUUUUUUAAGAACCACUUUUAGUCGCCGUCAGCUUUGGUUGACGUCUCACCACGAUGUAUUUGAAUGUAUAACAUGUAAUAUAUUACCUUUGAAAAGUAUUUUUCCAGUGCAUUGAGGAAUAUGAGGUGUUAUCUGUUUUUAUCAGUUGUGUAUCUUCAUCCUUUGAAGAAAAAAUCGAAAUAAAACCGGGUGAUACACUUUUUUUGUUUGCCCUUAAAGGGAUAGUUCACCGUCAUCGUUUACUCACCCUCAUGUCGUUCCAAACCCAUAAGACUUUCAUUUAUUUUUGGAACACAAAUGAAUAUCUUUUUAAUGAAAUCUGAGAGAAAUCUGUCCCUCCAUUGACAGCUGUGCUGCACGUUUGAGCUUCCACACGAGUCUUGCACGUCAAGUAGUUUCGGUUGAGCUUCUAUGUUUAUAUGUGGAUAAAAGCCCAAAUUCAAUCUGUUCAUCAAAAUGAUUGUGUCUCCUCAGAAAAUUUGGACUAAACCUCUCAAUUCAUAUGGAUUAGUUUUACGAUCUCAAAUUUACUUUUUGAAGCGUCAAAGUGGUAAUUGCGUAGCUAUCAAUGGAGGGACAGAAAUAACUUCAUUUGUGUUCCGAAGAUGAACGAAAGUCUUACAGGUUUGGAACGACAUGACGGUGAGUAAAUGAUGACAGAAUUUUCAUUUUUGGGUGAACUAACACUUUAAGUGUUUUAGAGGCAACUUGCAAAUGCAAUCGAUUAUACAAACUUGAGUAUAGUGACAUCUUUUUAUACCAAACACAUCUUGACAUUUAUUCAAGCUUGCUUUGGGCUCUUAAGAAGGAAACAAAAGACUAUUAUAAACUUGCUGCAACCUUCAAAACCUCAAAAUCAACACCAUCAGAGAUUAAAUUGAUUUAUUUCAGCAUGUAGGAUCAAACAGCAUGACUAAAUGCAUCAAAAACAUUGAUUCUUUUAUAUGUACUGUUUUAAGAACCACUCUUAGUCAUCGUCAGCUUAGGUUGACAUCACACCACGAUGUAUGUGAAUGUAUCACAUGUAAUAUAUUACCUUUGAAAGUAUUUUUCCAGUGCAUUGAGGAAAAUGAGGUGUUAUCUGUUUUUAUCAGUUGUGUAUCUUCAUCCUAUGAAGCAAAAAUGGAAAUAAAACCAAGCGAUACACAUUUUUUGUUGCCCUUAAGUGUUUUAGAGGCUGCUUGUGAAUUGCAAUUGCAAUUGAUUAUACAAACUUUAGUACAGUGACAUCUUUUUAUACCAAACACAUUUUGACAUUUAUUCAAGCUUGCUUUGGGCUCUUCAGAAGGAAACAAAUAUAAACUUGCUGCAACCUUUGAAACCUCAAAAGUGCCACCAUCAGAGCUUAAAUUAUUUAUUUCAAUAUAGAUGUUUUUUCUGUGGACAUGUUAAAGAAAGAAUGUAAACAUGGUCUACUUUUAAUCAGUGCGAUGUUGUGUCCACUCAGCCAUAGAUUCAGCCAAUGAAAACAAAUGGGAAGCGAGAAAGAAAGCAGGAGACUGAAUGUUAUCACGCUGACAUGUGAUCCUUUGCCUUUUGGUUGUGUUCGCAGUGAAUACCAGACAGCUGUUGAUUAAUAUUGGCUUAUGACAACAGCAAUGAUGGACAAGAGAUGUGUGGCCAGGAGUUUCUCUUGCUUAAGUGGGUAAAACAAAGGCCUCUUUUUAAAAGUAGCUCCAUCCUAAAGUGCUGGGGGGUGCAUGAGAAACUAAUGUAGUUCAUGUGGCAGAUUAAACAGUCACAUUUCAAAAUGUAUAA